CGCUCGCGCCCCCUCCCCGCGCCGCGUCGUCCCCGUUGCAGCCCGAGGCAAGGCUGGGAGCGUGUCCUCGCGCUCUCGCGCCGGGUCCGGGGUGCGGCGGCGGCGUCGGGCGGCGGCGGCCGUGCUCCUCCCUCACUUGCGCUCCCCCCGCUCCUCCUCCUGCUCCGGCUCCUCGUCGUCGCCCGGCUUGGCGAGCUGCGAGCGGCAAGAUGGCGGCGCCCAGGCCGCCGCCCGCCCGGCUGUCGGGCGUCAUGGUGCCCGCGCCCAUCCAGGACCUGGAGGCCCUCCGCGCGCUGACGGCGCUCUUCAAAGAGCAGCGGAACCGAGAAACUGCACCUAGGACUAUCUUCCAAAGAGUCCUGGACAUCUUGAAGAAAUCUUCCCACGCCGUCGAGCUGGCCUGCAGAGACCCGUCCCAGGUGGAGCAUCUGGCGUCCAGCCUGCAGCUGAUAACGGAGUGCUUCCGGUGUCUCCGGAACGCCUGCAUCGAGUGUCCUGUGAACCAGAACUCCAUCAGGAACUUGGAUACAAUUGGCGUGGCUGUUGAUCUGAUUUUUCUUUUUCGUGAGCUACGGGUGGAGCAGGAGUCCCUGUUGACAGCUUUUCGCUGUGGCCUGCAGUUUCUAGGCAACAUUGCCUCGAGGAAUGAAGAUUCCCAGUCCAUUGUUUGGGUGCAUGCCUUCCCAGAACUCUUUUUGUCUUGCUUAAAUCAUCCAGACAAAAAAAUUGUUGCCUACUCAUCGAUGAUUUUGUUCACAUCCCUGAAUUCUGAGAGAAUGAAAGAACUGGAAGAAAAUUUGAACAUUGCCAUCGAUGUCAUCGAAGCUCACCAAAAGCAGCCCGAAUCCGAAUGGCCGUUCCUGAUUAUUACAGACCAUUUUCUGAAAAGCCCGGAAUUGGUGAAAGCAAUGUAUGCCAAAAUGAGCGAUCAAGAAAGAGUUACAUUGCUGGACCUCAUAAUUGCGAAAUUAGUGGGGGAUGAGCCGUUGACCAAGGAUGACAUCCCUGUGUUCCUGAGCCAUGCCGAGCUGAUCGCAAGCACGUUUGUGGACCGGUGCGAGAUGGUGCCAAAACUGACUUCCGAGCAGCAUGCGGACGAUGAGGAGGCGUUGGCCACGAUCCGGCUUCUUGAUGUCUUGUGUGAAAUGACCACGAAUACUGAACUGCUCAGUUAUCUGCAGGUUUUUCCUGGCUUGCUGGAAAGAGUGAUUGAUCUCUUGCGACUGAUUCACAUAGCCGGCAAUGACACCGCAAGCAUCUUCAGUAGCAGUGGCUGCAUAAGGGCGGAGGGUGACAUCUCCAGUGUGGGGGAGGGGUUUAAGUCUCAUCUCAUUCGUCUGAUCGGAAAUCUAUGUUACAAGAAUAAAGACAACCAAGACAAGGUCAGUGAGCUGGACGGCAUCCCCUUGAUCCUGGACAGCUGCAGCAUCGACGACAGUAACCCCUUUCUGACCCAGUGGGUGGUGUACGCCAUCCGCAACCUCACCGAAGACAACAGUCAGAACCAAGAUCUGAUCGCCAAGAUGGAGGAGCAGGGGCUGGCGGACGCGUCCCUGCUGAAGAAGAUGGGCUUUGAGGUGGAGAAGAAGGGCGACAAGCUGAUUCUGAAGCCUACUAGUGACCCACCACCGCUGUGAAUGAGCUCUCCAUCAAAAUACCUGAAUUUUUGAAAUCUGUUUCCUGGAUUUUCCAUCUUCUGCAGUAUGUGAAAUCGCAAGUGUUUGAAGAUUUAUUAAGUGUAAAUUCAGGAACACGUGACUCCUUUAGAUAAUAGAAUUCGAUGUGGGUAAGCUCGAAAGUGAAAGUACCUGAGUAUUCUGUUGUUUCUUUGCUUUAGAAACUGUCUGGUUUGCCUUUGUCCCCAUGGAUACAGUGUGCGUUUCAGUAAUACAUUGUACUUACUGUGGCAACAGAUAAUAAAUUCUUCUUCUCGAGGGA